AUGGCAGUGAACCAGAGCCACACCGAGAGCCGUCGCGGGGCCCUCAUCCCCUCCGGUGAAAGUGUCUUGAAGCAGAGUCAGGAUGUGGACCUCUCCUUCCUACAGCAACCAGUGGGGUCUGAUCUCUUUAGUGGUACAAAGAGAGGAACAUUGUUUCUCACUUCAUACCGGGUGAUCUUCGUGACUUCACACUUAGUCAGUGACCCCAUGCUUUCUUUUAUGAUGCCAUUUGGUCUGAUGAGUAACUGCACCAUUGAACAACCAAUCUUUGCCCCCAACUACAUUAAAGGAGCCAUCCAGGCAGCUCCAGAUGGUGGCUGGGAAGGACAAGCUAUUUUUAAAUUAUCCUUCAGAAAAGGAGGUGCCAUCGAAUUUGCCCAGCUGAUGAUGAAAGCUGCCUCUGCUGCUGCCAGAGGAAUUCCACUUGGAAGCGUAAAUUACUGGUUUGGCGCUUCAGGACUGUAUAUAAUUACUACACCAGGGGGCAUGAUGUGCACCCAGCAGGCGCCUUGUCCAGCAUACCCAGUUGUGGUCUAUGGACCCCCACCACCAGGAUAUGGAGCCCAAACAGGGGAAUAUGGAGCUCCACCAGCAGGAUAUGGAGCCCCACCUAUGGGAUAUGGAGCCCCACCUGUGGGAUAUGGAGCCCCACCUGUGGGAUAUGGAGCCCUACCUGUGGGAUAUGGAGCCCUGCCUGGGGGAUAUGCAGCCCCACCUGCAGGAUAUGGAGCCCCACCUGCAGGAUAUGGAGCCCCGCCUGGGGGAUAUGCAGCCCCAGCAGGAUAUGGAGCCCUGCCUGGGGGAUAUGGAGCCCCACCAGUGACAUAUGAAGCCCUGUCUGCAGAAUACGGAGCCCCAUCAGCUGGAAAUGAAGCCCCACCUCCAGCAUAUGAAGCUCCACCUGCUGGAAAUAGAGCUGCCUCUCACAAAUCUGUGGCAGCCCGGCCGGAGGCUUCUCUUCCCUCUACCUCAUCUUCUCUGGCUCGUUUACCACCUUCUAAGAAGUAA